AUGGCCGUCCAACCUCACUUCGCGCUUGACAGCAACCUCGUCAUUUCGCCGCAUCCACACACAGACAUCGCCUUCGACACUACGCCCCAGAUCAUCUUCAACGUCCUGCCGCCUUCGAUCGGCAAGUCGUUCCUCAUCCUCCUCAUCUUCAUGUGCUUCUGCCUAGGUGCCUCCUUCAUGGAGUUCUUGAAUCACAUCCGCUUCGACAUCCGACUCAUGCGGAAGCCCGGCUGGAAGGAUCCGGCCAAGUGCAUCUCGCGUCUCGCCUACUUCUACUGCCGCUUCGGCGGGAUGGCCUGCUUGCUGCUGGUGGUGCUCUUCCUUUCGCUCAAGCUGGACGACUGCGUGGCGAUGCCGUGGGCGUUUGCCAUUGGCAACUUGCUGCUGUACUUCGCGGUGACGCUGAUUUUCGUGCAGCGGACCAUGGCGCUAUACUCGUGGAAGCGUUUCGUGGUAGUUCCGCUGACGAUCCUAUAUACGGUCGCCAUCUGCACCGCUACCAUCUGCUUCCCCUUCUACGGCUCUGGGUUCCGCAUCCCUGGCACACGCUUUUGCGCAUACGAUACGAAAAGAGGCAACGUUCGCACGCUCGUCCUCGCCAUCCUCUUCAAGGUGAUGAGCAUGAUCCUCGACCUCACCCUGCUGCUGCUUACCUUGCAUCGACUGCUGGACGGGGGUCUGCCGGCGCUCAGGCUCAAACGACCACAGGCUCUCCACCCGGGUCUGGCCGAUCAAGCUCUCUCUGGCUUUCUCAUUCGACAAGGCUUCCACUUCUACCUGCUGCAAGUCUUCACUGACGUCUUCUACAUGUCGACCUACUUUACCUUCAAGAACGCAUCGUAUCAGUCGCUGGGCACGACGCUGGUGUUUACGGUACCGCCGAUUGCCGCGGCGUCGGCCUUUCGCAACAUGGGCAAGAAGGCGUCGCAGGUGACGUCCAAGAACGCCAACCGGGUCAACGAGAUUAUGAACUCGGACAACACGCCGUCGGGGGAGAACUCGGGGGCGCGGGGUCGCAGCAUCACGCGUAACUCUGCCGCGCCCCAGCAGCAGCAGCUCGCCGCUGCCGUGCAGCUCAUGGGGACGACCCACAUGUUCGUGCCUGCCGAAGUGACGCGACCGGAAAAGACGACGCGCAUCUCCUGGGGCGCUCGCGGACAUGCGUUCAACCACUCGCGCCACGAUCCCGCCGACUUCGAAAACGGCGUCAUCAUCACGGUCGGCACCGUAUCGCACACGGAGGACGUCGAUGCUCGCGCCUCGUCCGGCGCCAAUUCUCCCCGCUAUUCGUCCGACAACCCGGACCCGGAGUUGCACGAGAUGCAGCGUCAGUGGCCUCCGAAGCUCACGAGCGAGUGCUCCCAGACGACGGAGACCCAAUUCGAACCGGUUCCCGUUCUAGGGCGAAUGUCAGCGCCGUUGCAGCGGGCGGGAACGAGCGGCUCCAACUCUUCCUGGUUCCCGCGCACGCCCGAGAUGCCUUAUCCCGAACCGCUGCUGUCGCCAAGAGACUUUGCUAGACCCGCCACCGCACCCGAGAACAGCAACCGUCGCGUACCCGUGCCAAGGGCUUUCGCCGACGACCAGGACACUCACUCGAAAGUCGUGUAA